AUGGGCUUUUACGUGCCUCACGCUCGCUGUUUUGUGAAGACGGGGCUUGGGGAUAGGAUUGCUAUGGUUUUUGUUCGGUGGCUUGGGAAGAGUACUCUGGGGUUGUCUUAUGGGUUGGUUUUGAGUGAAGCCGCCAUUUCGCCCGCCAUGCCGAGCACUACGGCGCGGGCCGGAGGAAUUUUCUUGCCCAUUAUUAAGUCCUUGGCGGUCGGUGCUGAUAGUAGGCCCAAGGACGGAUCGGCUAGGAAGCUUGGAGCAUAUCUCAUUCAAUCCCAGAAUCAGUCUGCCAGUAACUCGAGUGCUCUUUUCCUGACAGCUGCAGCUCAAAACAUGCUGUGUGUUAAAUUAGCUGACAGUAUUGGUGUGAAAAUACCAAAUCGAUGGGUCACUUGGCUCAAGGCAUCUAGCAUACCUGCGUUGAUCUCGCUUUCUGCAACUCCGUUCAUCCUAUAUAAGAUCUUUCCCCCUGAAAUGAAAGCCACACCUGAUGCUCCUGCCAUGGCCAAGAGGAAAUUGGAGCAAAUGGGUCAUGUCAAAAGAGACGAAUGGCUGAUGGUGGGAACCAUGCUGCUGACAGUUGCAUUAUGGAUUUCAGGAGAGGCUCUUGGCAUGAGUAGUGUUAUUGCCGCUAUGCUGGGUUUGUCAAUACUUCUGCUGUUAGGAGUACUUGAUUGGGAAGAUUGUUUAAGCGAGAAGCAAGCAUGGGAUACCCUGACUUGGUUUGGAGUUCUAGUCGGCAUGGCUACUCAAUUAACAGCUCUUGGUGUUGUACCCUGGAUGUCUAAAUGUGUGGCCAACUUACUUAAAUCUCUUUCAGUGAGCUGGUUUGGUGCAUUUUGUAUCCUUCAGACAGCGUACUUCUUUAUCCACUAUCUAUUUGCAAGUCAAACUGCACAUGUUGGAGCUCUAUACUCGAUAUUUCUCGGAAUGCACGUGGCAUCCCAAGUUCCUGGUUUGUUGGCAGCUUUGGCUUUGGGAUACAACACGAAUCUUUUUGGUGCACUGACACAUUAUAGCAGUGGUCAGGCUGCUGUUUACUAUGGAGCUGGUUAUGUAGAACUCUGCGACGUUUUUAAAUUGGGAAUUGCAAUGGCCCUUAUUAACAUUGUGAUAUGGGGAUUAACUGGAGCUGCUUGGUGGAAAAUUUUAGGUCUUUAUUGA